AAUUGAAUCCAUGGAUUCCAUGCUAUACACACAAAUACACAGGGGAACAUAGAUCACGCGAAUCUUCUAUAAACAUCGAAUAGUAAUCAAUGAGGAAGCGAGAACGAGAAAACCCUUGUGCGGUAUGUGGCCACUACCACCAACUUCAUCAAACUUGUGCUAUUUGUGGCCAUCGUGUCCCUGACGCUGCCGCGCAGCAAACUGCUGCGCAACUCAGUGCUUUUCCCUCCGAGAUCUUGCCGGAGUUUCUCUAUUUGGGUAGUUAUGAUAACGCUUCUCGCUCUGAACUUCUCAAGACUCAAGGGAUUUCUCGCGUCUUGAAUACGGUACCUGCUUGCCAGAAUCUGUACAAGAACACUUUUACUUACCACUGCCUGGAAGAUGAACAAAACAUACCAUUUGAUGAUGCAAUGAAUUUUCUAGAGCAAUGCGAAAGGGACAGGGCGCGUGUUCUUGUCCACUGCAUGUCAGGCAAAAAUAGAUCCCCAGCUGUUGUGGUAGCAUACUUAAUGAAGAGCAAAGGGUGGAGGCUUGGUCAGAGCUAUCAGUGGGUUAAGGAGCGCAGACCUUUAGUUGAAAUAAGUCAAGCCGUGUAUCAGCAACUACACGAUUUUGAGCGGAAGAUCUUUGGGGAUAUUGAAAAUAAAGAUCCAACGUUGCCAAUCUUCUCUUCUUCUUCAGUUAUCCCAACUUUCAGUUUUGGCUUUGGAAAACCUAAUGAUGGGGCAGCCUUACCAGCUUUUAAUAAUACUGGAACGACCUCUAUAUUCAGCCGUCCAACUUCAGAAAUCCCCCAAGAGUUUACCUUUGGAGCAGCCCAAAUCCAGAACAACGGGGCCUUCCCUUGAGGUUAAAUCAACCACGAAAUGAAAUGGUAGUGUGUCUAUUGACUGUUAUUGAAAAUGUUUUCGUUUAACACAUUACGUCGUUUUGAGAAAUGUUGGACAGUAGCAGUUGUUUACAAACUUAGAAACUUUGUACAGCUAAAACUUGAAUAUCAGAAGGUGAGAAAUGUUUAGUUUUA